AUGUCUCAGGACACUCCCGGACCAGACUUCGCGGCCGCCCAAACGCUGCUAGUUUUUGCCCAUGACAAGUCCGAAAUGCAGCAGCCUCUAGACGUCCAAAAUUCCUGCCAGAGCUUCAAAUCCUUCGGGAAGGCGGGAAAGGUCUAUUCUCCCCCGGAGUACUCAACGGAAGAUUUAGGAGCGGCCGAAGUGUUGGACAGUCUCAAAGACCGCGAGAUUGUGGCUCCAUGCCGUCUGUGGCCGGGCUUCAAAAUCGAGCAAAAGUCCGGUUCCUCGUCGUCGGCCAAGACUAGUGCGGAUGCCGGCUGUCCCAAGACCGAUUUGGGUCCCUCAGAAAAGGAGUAUGAGGAUGGGCUUUGCACGCCGCAUAGGCACGGCUGUAGCAACGCAGUCGAAUCUUCGCGAUUGGAGCGAGGCCGGGCAAUGGACCGAAUUCCUAUCCGUACGAGACGCAAUUCUUCGCCACGUAAGAGGAGGGGAAGUGAGCGUCAGCGGGCGGAGGUCAUGGAAUGCAGGAUUGGAGUUGAACACGACGAUCGUGAUGUCGAGAUGGGGUUCGAAGACGAGCAUCAUGAUGUCGAGAUGGCGAUUGCACCUGAGGAUCAUGAUAUCGAGAUGGGAUUUGAAGAAGAGGAUUGUGAUGUCGAGAUGUCGUUUGAAGAGGGUGAUCAUGAUGUCGAAAUGUCAUUUGGAGAGGGAGGACCAUAA